UAACUCUCAUUCUGAUGUAAAUAAAAAAGUGGUGCACUGUUAUUUAUAUUACAGUAAUGUACCCAGUACAAUGAAAUAAAUCAAGAAACACUGAUAUGUUAGGCAUGUCAGACAUGAGGCGAGUCUUAUUUUGGCCGUAAAAGAGACAGGAGCAGUUCUCAGAAGUCGGAAGCUUGGGUUAGAGAGAGCCUGAAAGCGGUUCAUUUUGCCUUUGCUCUUUUCCAUUAAAGUUUUUCUGUGGAGCCUAAUUAUUUUAGUAGGUAAAGAAAGUAAGCUGUCAACCUAUGAUUGUGCACGUAAGCGCGGAGCGAGCCUGCAAAUGGGCGGCAUAGGCGGCAGCUUCUAUAUCAACAUGCUCAAUGGAAGCGACGCGCAAAGUUUGGCCAAAGACGCAGAGACGAGCGGUCACCUUCACCGGAGCAAGGAGCUAGCGGACUUCAAAAUGGGCGUCCAAGACGCGAGGCUGUACUAUCCAGACUCAGUUCCAAAUGGCCAGGACAACUUUCCACUGCCGUAUCACGGCGAGCAGUGCUCUAGCGAACUCGGAGCGCAGGCGGGAAGGUUUUACUCCGCGGCGGCGGCAGCGGCUCCGAUCGGUAACUGUGCGUUCAGCCGCAGCAGUGCGGCCCAGGCUUACGCAGGGGCUGAUGGGUAUUCACCGGACAGUAAAGACGGCCACUCGGCCAGCGCGGACUCGUAUCACGCGCACUUUCAGCAUGGCUACCCACGUGCGCCUCUCUAUUCCUUACCUGGCAUACAGGUGUGCGGCAAGAUGCAGGUGCUUCUCAACAACUACCCGCUGUGGGCCAAGUUUCACAAGUACCAAACCGAGAUGAUCAUCACCAAACAGGGCAGGAGGAUGUUUCCCUUUCUCAGUUUUAAUAUCAGUGCUCUGGACCCCUCGGCUCACUACAACGUGUUCGUGGAUGUGGUUCUGGCCGACCAGCACCACUGGAGGUACCAGGGAGGCAAGUGGGUGCAGUGUGGCAAAGCAGAGGGCAACAUGCCAGGAAACAGGGUGUAUAUGCAUCCUGACUCUCCAAACACCGGGAAUCACUGGAUGAGACAGGAGGUCUCAUUCGGCAAGCUCAAACUCACCAACAACAAGGGCAGCUCCAACAACCUGGCACAGAUGAUAGUGCUGCAGUCUCUGCACAAGUACCAGCCACGCUUGCAUAUCGUGGAGGUCAGGGAGGAUGGAACAGAAGAUCCCUUCCGUAGCUCUAAGACGCAAACCUUCAUCUUCCCCGAGACCCAGUUCAUUGCAGUCACUGCCUACCAGAAUGCAGACAUCACUCAGCUGAAAAUAGACCAUAACCCUUUUGCGAAAGGUUUCCGGGACAAUUAUGACACACUGUAUGCCCCGCCUGACUCGGAUCGUAUCACCCCCUCCCCCACUGAGGGCCAGCAGCUCAUGGCAGCCAGUUGCUAUCCCCGCCAGCCUUACCUGGCCGAGCAGUACAUGAGUCCGCUGCAGCCCAGCCGCUUCUACAGCUGCGAGCCUGUCAGCAUGGCACAGGGGUGCCCCAAAGACCCAAAUGGCAGUCACCAUGGGCGCUGGUACCUCCCUGGGCAGCAAGGCACACCCUCCAAUCUAUUGGACUUCAGCUCUUACGAGGGUGAAUAUACGGCCAACAGUCUAUACAAGCCCUUUUCAUUACAGACAUCACCCCACCACCCACUGAGCUACUAUCCUGAGAACCCCUUUGCUUCAGGGCCAAUAUCAAGCAAUAGCCCUGCCCCAUGGAGCACAGCAAGACCGUCACAGUACCUCAGCCACUCCCACCCUGGUAAAGCCACAUCUAGCCUUAGUUGGUUCCGCCCCAUGUCUUCUUCUGCCGUGUCCUCUUCCCCUCCAACAGUAAAUUCCCGCCUCCAUGCUUCUCCAUCACUCCUUGAGUCUUUGAGGCUGCCUGUACUACAGGACAAGCCAAAAGAUGUGGUGGAGGACACAUGGAUGGAGACCCCCUCUGUCAAAUCAGUAGACUCUGUCGACUCUGGUCUUUUUGAGGGUGCAGAGAGCAAGAAAAGACGAGUGUCACCCUAUGCCUCCAGCACUGAGAACUCUCCUCCCAUUCGCAGUAGCGAAGCCUGUGAGAAGGACAACAGCAGUGACGCAGGCUACUAUGGCUUCUACAGUCACUGAGAGCCAUCGUCUCUGAGUUAGUGUAGCACUCCCGCUGUGUCCCACCCACAGAGCUGCACUGCCUUUUGAGACAAAGCUCUGUGGGAGUCUAGAGGAGGGACAACAGAGGCCAGUAACAGCUAACACAGAACUCUCAAUCAUUUUUCCUUUAUAGCCCUGGUGCUAUUUACAAUUUAUCCAUACACUGUUCUCGCUGGCACUCUCAUGUUUGGUGUGGUGCUUCCCUAUGGUAGUGCUGCGUGGGUAAGGUCAGGUGGAGGUGCACCACUAAUCCUGAAGGUCAUUGUCAUAGUGAGGACUGGCGAGUCAAGACGAUGUGACUGGAGUGAAACAAUGGCCUGGAGAUAUAUGCAUGCACACACACACACAGACCUGGAUGAAUUCAGAAACUGUAACUGUUUAGCAUUUUAAGAUGUCUGCACACCUGCUGACACUCCCCUCAAGGUCCUGUCCAGUCUCACAGUUCUCAUACACACACACACACACAUUUGUCAUAUGUGAUAUAAGUUUUUCUCAAGAAUUAUAUAUAUAAUUAUGUACUUUUGCGUAUAUACUUUUAUGAUUCCAGUUCAUUCACAUUUUCACUACUCCAAAUGAGUCUUGAGUGUCCAAUGAAAUCAGAUGAUGUAAGUGAUUAAUAAGUGCUAUUAGAGGAAACAAAGUAUAUCUUUCUGCAUGAAGAGGUCAGCACAUGUUCCACUCAUCCUGUCAGCUGUCUUCCUGUCAACCUCCCAUUCUCCUGACUAAAUCACCCUAACUAGAUCAUGUGCCAAACAGGGGCCGGCUCUAAUUUCAUCUUGUUGCAUAUGCCUCAGUACCACUGUAAUGUACGUUAAUGAAGUCAGUGUAAAAGUUCUGCUUUAAAUUAAGCUUUGCUAAACUUUGGAUUCAUACAUGAUGAAUUGCAGUACACAUCAAAUGUUCGACAAUUUACACUGUCAUCACAAACACAGCAAUGUCAGUCUGAUUAGUGUCAAAAGAACAUUCUUAACCCAACAUCAGCAAGUCUCAAAAACAGGACAAGAAAGACAACAUGCAGAUAGACAGGGUGGGAAAAUGGACACCUGGAAGCUGCGUUGUGGUGACUGAACAUCAUAAUCAGACAACAGCCCACAUGCCACAGGCCUCACUGACACAGUGGAAGAACGAGACCUCAGUCUCACCUCAUCAGGACCUCCAAACCUCCAAAGGUGAGAAAAAGCUUCGACAGCUCGGUAGGCGACAGCCAUAAGAAUGUUAACAGACUGACUGUGGAGGUAAACGCACAAUACAAGACAUGGCUCACCCUUCAAAAUUUAAACACAUUUCGUUGGUCAUCAGCUUAUGUGAAUUUUUAGUGAACCACAUAUUAAAAUACUUCCCACAAACAACAAAUAUAUAUAUAUAUAUAUAUAUAUAUAUAUAUAUAUAUAUAUAUAUAUAUAUAUAUAUAUAUAUAAACAUACAAAACAUAACGGUCCAGUACACAUAUGUGCAUAUGUGCACAUGCAUACACAAAGGGGGUGACAUAAUAACUAUUUUUUUUUUUUAUUUAUAUCUUCUUUGAUGAAACGAAAACUGUAAACAAUUCUGUAAUAAGACUGCACUUAGUAUGUACGUUGUUAAUAAUAGAAAUGCUUACAAUAUGACUUUUUAAGAAAUUGAUGUUUUAUUCUGUACUGUCAGUAUUUUAUAGAGCUUCCCAAAAACCUCUAUAGUGGAAUAUCAGAGCUUCAGUAUGUGGUCAAUGACUUUCAAGCCAGUGAGUUUGGAUUUGCUUACCUUAACAUCGGAGCAGUGUAUUUAUUUCAGUGCUAAACCAAAUGACAUGUCAGCAAUACAAUGAAGUGGACAAUCACAGUGAGAUAUUGCUACUGCUCAUGUUAUAAAAAAAUACUGUAUUGUUAGAUAUUACUCAGGUCAAGCAUGUGCCAAUGAAUAUUCAGCUCCAUUUGUGUACUUAAUGGAGAUGUUGAAAGUUACUGAUUUGAAAUAACAGGGUUUUUGUUUAUUGUUUCCUGGUUCUAAGUAGUAAGGUGCAACCAACCGAUAGGGGCGAGCUUAACUGGAUGUUAUUUUUUAGUAAACUGUUUCUAAUUUCAAGUGCAAUUUAAAAAGUGUUCCUGUUAAUUUAAGAGAACUGUUUUUUAUUAUUCUUGAAUAUGCAUUCAAAACAUCGUUUGAACUUUCAUGAAUAUUGAGAAUACAGGUGUACGAUAUUGUUAGGAUAAUUGUUAGGAUAUGUUUUAGGUGACCCCUAGUGGACUAUCUCCCUAUUCAGAGAAAAUACUGACCAUUAUUUAUGCAUAUAGAAUGAUAUAUGAAGUAAUCUACAUCUGAUUCAUGAAACUAUGAUACAACAACAAAAUGUACUUAAGUAAUGAAUCAGUGUGGUCAUAAGCUAUUCCCAUUAGUCCCUUAUUUACAUAUUCUAUGCAACCAGCAUACCUGGAGUUUACCCUCAAAUGUAACUAUUUUUAACUAUGGCAUAUGAAUAAUGUCAAAUAUAUGAGGGAAUUUACCCUUAAGCUGUCCCCUCUAUAAAGCUUUUUUUAUGCACUAGCAGUGCCCUUACCAGAUGGUCUUUAAGGUAUAUUUAUAUGAUGUUCCACUGAAUCAUUAGAUUAACAUGUCUUGAUCUUCUAUGUAAAUGAUAAGCAUACUCUGUACUAUGGAAAUUAAUUUUCUCUAAUGUUUAAGCCAAGGUUUGUAAAAAAAAAAAAACAGGAGCCCUCCCCAAAUAAUGUAGGCAAACUGUACAGUCUAAAAUGAUGUAUUUGAUUUGUUCUAACUGUAAUAAAUGAUAUAUGUCGUUUUUCA